AUGAACAGGAACUGGAUUCAAAAUUUAGAAAACAUGAUUGAUAAGAAUAAAAUAUUUGAGAAGGAUGUGCAGAAGAAAGAAAAUUUUAAAGAUGUAUGUAAUGGUUUAAUUAAAAAGGAUUAUAGAAUUAAUAAUUAUGUUAAGGAUCCUAUAAUAAUAGAUAAUUAUAAGAAAGAGAAGAUAAAAGAAUUAUAUGAAUGGCAAGAUGAAUGUUUAAUAGAAUUAAAAAAAGUAAAUUGGGAUAAGGGAGAGAAUUUUAUUUGUGUAGCUCCAACAUCAGGUGGAAAAACUUUAGUUACAGAAUUAUAUAUAUUUGAAGAGAUAAAAAAUUGUAAAAAAAUAUUUUUUAUAUUUCCAUUGAAUUCAUUAAUAAAUGAGAAAAUGACUUAUUUAAAAAAUAUUUGUAAAAAUACUAAUAUAAAGAUAGGUAAUGAAAUAGAAGAGAAUGAUAUAAUAUUAUGUACAUAUGAAAAAUUUAAUAGUUAUUUAAAUAAAAAUAAAUUAAUUGAUGAUAAUAAAUGUAUAGAAUAUAAUAUAAAAAACAAUACACCAUCUAAUUGUUAUAAUAAUAAUAAUAAUAAUUCAAAAGUUUUAAAGAAUAAUAAUUUUAUUGUUAUAAUAGAUGAGUUUCAUCAUAUUAAUGAAAAAGGUAGAGGAAUAUAUAUUGAAAAUAUUGUAUCAAAAAUAUUAUAUAUGAAUAAAAAAGUAUGUCAUAUAAAAAUUAUAUGUAUGAGUGGUACCUUAAAUAAUAUAUCAAUAUUAAAAAAAUGGAUGAAAGCUAAAUGUUAUAUUUCUUCAUAUCGUCCACAAGAAAUAAAAGAGCAUUAUGUCUGUAAUUUUAAUGUAUAUAAAAAAAAAGUAUUAGAUGGAAAAUUUUAUAAUGCAUGUAAUAUAUUUAGAUUUCAUGAUAUAUGUUAUGAUAAAAAUUUACAAAAGGAAGAAUCAACAUCUUCUUUUCAAAGUCAUAUGAUGGAUCAGAAUAAUAUGAUCAAUAUGAAAAAGGGUUCACAACAAUAUGGAAAUAAAAAUAUGUACAUACAUAAUAAUAAUAAUAAUAAUAAUAAAAAUGAUGUGGUGAUGUUACAUUCUAGUCAUAUAUAUAUGGGUGAUCAUCAGGAAGAAAGAAAACAAUCUAAUGGACAGAAUAAAAGAUCAAGUUAUAAUAGAGGAAGGAGUUUUUCUUAUGAACCAAAUAAUAAUAAAAGAAUAAAUUAUAAUCACAGUAAUAAUUAUGCAUCGAGUAAUAAUAACACUGUAAGUUAUAGUUAUUUUAGUAGUGUUGAAGAAAAUGACACCACCAGCAAUAAUAAUAAUAAUAAUAAUGAUAAUAAUAGUGAUCAUAAUAAUUACAAUUAUUAUAAUAGCAUGAAUAGUAUGAAUAAUGAUUGUAGAUCCAGUUAUAAUUAUAACACAAAUUAUAGCAACUACAACGAUAUGAAUUCAUCGACCAUUAAUAUUAAUAUGAAUGACAAUUGUAAUCAAAAUAAUUAUGAUAAUAAUAUUAGAAGUACUGCUCAAGAUACAAUCCGUGAUAAUAAAAAACAGAAAGAAAAUUAUAGAAACGAAAAUAGCUAUAGUAAUAUAUCUGGCAUUUCAAGCUAUAUGAAUAAUAAUAAUAUGAAUAAUAAUAAUAUGAAUAAUAAUAAUAUGAAUAAUAAUAAUAUGAAAAAUAAUAAUAUGAAUAAUCAUAAUAUGAAAAAUAAUAAUAUGAAUAAUAGUAAUAUUGUGAAUAAUCAUAAUAUUGUGAAUAAUAAUAAUAAUAUGAAUAAUCAUUAUAUCAAUAGUAAUAAUAUCUAUAGUGAUAAAACCAGGUCAAAUAUGAAAGAUUCAAAUUAUAUAUCAGAAAAAAACCAAAAAGAUUCUUUGAAUGAACAUACAAAUAAUUUAAUAAAAGAAAAUUUAAUUUGUGAGAAAAAUAGUAAGGAUAGUGUUAUAUCCUUUCUUAAUAAAAAGAAUCAGAAUAAAAAUAAAUUUAAUACUUUAAAUACUAGUUUAAUUAAUUCUUUAUUAUAUUUUUCUUUACAUAGUUAUAUUAACAACUUGAAUACAUUAAUAUUUUGUUCAACAAAAAAAAUGUGCGAAUUUUAUGUCAACCUUAUAAAUGAAUAUCUCAUUACAUUAAGAAAUAUUGCUAUACCAGAAAAUAUAGAAAUAAAAAGAAAAGAAUUAAAAGAAAAGAUAUAUAAUAUAGACAAAUGUAUAUAUGAAAAAAUGUAUAAAUUAAUAUCUAAUGGAGUAUGCUAUUAUUAUAGUGAUAUUUCUUUUUCUAUUAAAAGAUUAUUAGAAAAUGCAUAUAAAGAGAAAACAUUAUUUUUAUUAACAUGUACAUCAACACUUUCUGUUGGAUUAAAUUUAUUUGUAGAUAGAGUUAUAAUAUCAUCUCCAUUUGUUGCUCAGAAUUUUUUGACAAAUACACAAUAUAAACAGAUGAUUGGUCGUGCAGCUAGAUUAAAAAAAGGAGAUUCAUUUAUAUUUGUAGAGAAAGAAUAUGAGAAGAAAAUGUUAGAUUUAUUUAAAGAGACAUAUACAAAUAUUAGGAGUACAAUGCAUGAUAAUACAUUUGAAGAAUUAGAAAAAUAUAUUAUUGAAUUUUUAUGUUUAUUUUAUGAAAAUGAAUAUGUAUCUUUUUAUGAUAUAAUCCAUAUGUUUUCUUAUUCAUUGUAUUAUAAUGAAACUGUAUCCAAUACGUUAAAACAAGAAAUAAAUGCAAGUCCUUCUAUAUAUGCAUAUAAAGAGUGUAAAGACCGGAUAGAUGUUCCUUCGACUAGUGUCAAGAAAAAUUUUGAUAGUGCAUCAACAGAGGAAACGACAACAAAGAGGAAGAGUCAAUAUGAGGAUGAUAAAAACAUUGGGAGAAAUAAAUAUUGUGUUGAUGAUAUAUAUAGACACAAUAAUAAUAAUAAAAAUAAACAAGUUGAUAGUAAUAAUAAUGAUAAUUGUAAUAAUAAUAAUGAUAAUUGUAAUAAUUUUAAGGUGGUUUAUAACAACGAUCAAUGUCUUUUUAGACAUAGAGAUGUAAAUGUGACACCCAUAAGAAAGAUCGAUGAAUGUAAAAAAGGAAAUAAGAAUGAACUAUUAAAAGAUAAUAUUAUAAAUAAAUCGUAUUCAUUUUAUUUUAAUAUAAAUUUAAAUUAUUUUACAUGUGAUGAAAUAAUAUUUUAUCAUAAUAAAAAGAAUGAAAUAUAUAAAGUAUUAGAUACAUUAUUACAAAAUAAAUGUAUAGAAAUACAAAAUGAGAAAAUAAAAAUAACAGAUUUUUGUCGUUCAUUAUUUAUAAGUAAUUUAAAUUUAUCUAUAGGUAUAGAUUUAAUUAAUGAAAUUAGAAUGUAUGAUAAAAUAUAUUUAUAUAAUAAUUUUCAUUUAUGUUAUAUAUGUUCUUCAUAUAAUAUUAAUAUUGUAUCAUUUCAUUAUGAAUUAUCCCAUAUAAAAAAUUUAUUAUCAUUAAUUUCUGAUCAAUAUACAAAAAAUAUUAUAUUCAAAAUAUUAAAAUUUGAUAGUGAUAUAAUUAAUAUGUUAAAUUUAAAAAGUCAACAACAACAAAAGAAAAAAACUUAUUUCUCAAAUUUACAACUUGAAAGGAAAUAUAGUAAAUUAUAUUUAUCUAUACUUUUAUUCUUAUAUUUAAAUGAACAAGAUAUACAUAUAAUAUGUUCUAUCUAUAAAAUCACACCUGAUGUAUUAAAAUCUAUAUUACAACAUACAUUUAUACAUAUAAAUAUUUUAAUAUCUUUCUUUGAUAAAUUAAAUGAAUGGAUACUAGUAUCUCUGUUAAAAAAAUUUCUACAAAAAUUUAAAAAUUCAAAACCUUCUUUUUUAUCAUCUAGUAAGUUUAAAAAAGUAAAAAAUUUUCAUCAAAAAUGA